AUGGAUGCAGAGCUCCACAGGUGUGCAGUGUUCUGCUUGCUGCAGAUAGGGGGGGAGAUCUUCGACACGGACAUGGUGAUGGUGGACCGGACGCUGACGGACAUCUGCUUCGAAAACACCGUGGUCUUCCCUGGGUUCGAGCUCCGCGUGGAGCUUGUAGGCUGCUGCUCCGAGGACGACGGCUCGGCAGGAAGCGCCCCCAGGAAGCUGGCCAGCAAGCUGAGCAGCUCGCUGGGCCGCUCGGCGGGGAAGAAGCUGCGCACGACCCUGGAGCCCGGAGCCUGCAGCCCCCUCAAGCAACGGAGGAGGAGAGGGGCCCCUCUGCUGCUGCCUGUGCCCUCCAUACCGGGGCCCAAGUCCCUCCUGGCUCACACGACGCUGGCGCAGGCGCACGUCCAGGACAGCUUCCGUACGCACGACCUCAGCAUCUCAGGCAACGAGGAAUGCUCCUACUGGCUGCCUCUCUACGGCAGUGUGUGCUGUCGCCUGGCUGCCCAGCCUCACUGUAUGACCAAGCAGAUGAUGAGCGGAAGCUUAAGAGUCAAGCAGUUGGGAGGCGACUCCCAGAGCUGGACCAACGUCUACGGUGUCCUCAAGGGGACAAACCUCUUCUGUUACCACCGGCAAGAGGACAUGGAAGCCAACGUCGAGCCCGCUUUCACCAUCGCCAUCAACAAGGAGACCAGGAUCCGUGCGUCAGAGAAGGACCCCCAGAGGACGGCCCAGAGCAUCUGCAUCAGCAACCAGUACGGAGGGGAGGUUGUCACCCACACGCUGGAGGCGGACAGCCGCGAAGACACACACCGCUGGAUGGAAGCCUUCUGGCAGCAGUUCUAUGACAUGAGCCAAUGGAAGCAGUGCUGUGACGACCUGAUGAAAAUCGAACUGCCAUCCCCACGGAAACCGGCCCCUGUCUUGCCAAAACAGGGCUCCCUCUAUCACGAAAUGGUUAUUGAGGCGUCCGAAGACCUCGGCACGGUGACAGACAUCCUGGCCAGGCGGAUGCAGGAGCUGGAGCUGAGGAGCCAGCUGGGGGCCCCGCCGCCCUGGAUGGCCCUGUUCGAGGACUCCCCCUCCGGCCGCCCCCGGCCCUGCAGCCCCAGCCUGGCCGGCCACAGCCCGCGCACCCCCCACCGCCUCCCCCGCAGCCCGCGGACCCCGCCCCGCGCCUACCCCGGCCUGCUCUCCUCCAACGCCAGCCUCGCCUCCGACAGCGACAGCCCCCGCAGCGCCAGCCCCUGCUCGCGCCACCGCCAGCCCCACCCCGUCUGGGCGGAACCCGUCUCCCCCCUGGCCCUCUCCCCCCUGCCCUCCGGCUCGCGCCCCCGGCCGCGCACCUUCUCCCUGGACGCCAAGCUGAGCACCCUGAGAGGGAGGGGUCACGGCGGCGGGGGGCACGCGCAGUGCUCCUGCCAUCCGCCCUCCUCCUCGGCCUCGCUCCUAGCCCCGACCUCCCGGGUCCCCCAGCCCACCCUGUCCUGCUCCAGCUCCACCUCCAGCACGAGCACCAGCUCCAGCGAGGGCAGCCACAGCCCGGAGUCGUCCGAGGGAGUCCUCUUCUCACGGCCCUCCCCGGCCAGACGCAGCCUCAGGAACCUCCGAGCCAGACUGGACCCCCGCAACUGGCUCCAGAGCCAGGUAUAACCCCUCUAAAGACCCCUUAUCACCCCCCCACCUCCCCCGGCAACCACUCUCGGUCCUGGGAAAGGCAGACAGGGAACCAGCUUAUCCUCUCCCUGUUUGCGUAACUGGAAUGACAUCUCACACUAAUGCCACGUGACCUGGACACUGGAGUCUGUCAGGGCCGUGUGAACGGCCAUGUCUCAAAACGACGUGGUUCUGUCUGCGUCUUUUAAGAACGGUACAGCUGGGGAGAUGAACAGAAACACACCAGUGUGCUUUGGAGCCCCUCCGUGCUUGUGAACACUUCCAACUGGAAAGGAGAGUUCGCUGGGUCUGUGUGAGGAAGCCAGUUGCAUCAACCUCCCUGGCAGACGGGAAGUGAAUAGAAAAAUAAAUCCGCAUGGGUCCACUCGUAGUAAAUCUGGUGUUACUGCAUGUACGUCGUUGGUACGGUAUGGUGAAGCCGACUCGUUUUGUGUUGGGACUGGAGAUCUGAGAGAACAGUGUUUGUGAAAGUUCCGUCAAGUGUGUAUCGUGUGAUGUAGUAAGCGAGGUAGUGUCUUGUUUCCUGUGCUAACUGUGAUUUUCACUUUCAAAAGAACUGUCGAGAACGUUCCAGGAACUCCCCUCCAUUUUCGAUGCUAUAAUAAUAUCCCCAGGUUGGCAUGCAGGAUAGAGCAUGUGCAGGAAUGUGAUGCUCACUUUUAUAAAUCCUUGAGUCAAGUAACUGUAUGACUUCAGGAUAUGCAACAGAGAAUGUUGGCACACAAGACAAACCUGUGCUCUAUUCCUCACAACCACACACGUAUGUUAAGCUGCAUGUCUUUGAUACUGGUUAAAACCGAACUAAUAAAGACUCAUGUAUUUCAAAUGAAUGGAAAUACACCAAAGGCUUAGUAAUGAUGCAAACAUGCAAAGCCAUAACCUGUGUUAAACACGUCUUUUCAGAAACCCAAAGUGGAAGGUGGUCUUCGUCAUGCAAGAGGUCUCUAGGCAUAUCUCUGUCAGACUUAAUAUUAGAUGUUUGGAAAUACUGAAAAUUAUGAUUAGUCAGUUAUAACAUCAUGUUAUACAAACCAAGCCCAGCAUUAGUCUCCAACCCAAGUGUGAAAUGCAAUUGAAUUAUGCAAAACAAUAAUUAUCUAUAGCAAAUGGUGCUACGGCAGUUAUGUAAAGUGUGUGUGUGUGUGUGCGCGACGUGUGAGCAUGUCUGUGUGUGCACCUGCCUUGGUGUGAACGUGUGUGUGUUAUCUGCGUAGUUAAGUCUAUCUCCCAUAUCCCUGCGUCUUGGGAGGGCUUAGAGCUGGGUCCACUAUUUGAGUCCAACCGUAAAACCGUCUAAAAAUGCAUUUGUUACUGUAAAUGUUUUUUUUUUUGUUUUGUUUUUAAGUUAACACAGCUCUUCCUGUUCUUUUUGUUUAAACCAAUUUUACAUGAAUGGUUUCGUUAUAUGAUGACAGUUUUGUUGAUAUCUUAACAGAGGAUUACAAAUAUCAAACUGUUGCGGUAGAUAACAUUGAAUGUUUAUCUUGCAAGACUGUCUGUUGGCCAGAUGUCAACAUGCCCUUUGUCUUUAAGGGGGAAAGAAAGUGCAAGUCUUGUUUAAAUAUGUAACAUAUUAAUGAUAAUAAAUGCUUUAUCAAUU